GUCCUUCCUCCUCCGUGCAGAGUCGGACCUUCGGCAGCGCCAUGCCAGAGCUGCUGCUGCUGUAGCCGCGUCCUCUUCGUCGCUCCUCCUCCUCCUCCUCUCGUUCUCAGCGGCCGCAGCGGAGCGGCGGGGCUUCGGGCUUCGACAUGCCGAACAUCGUGCUCUUCAGCGGGAGCUCCCACCACGACCUGUCCCAGAAGGUGGCCGACCGGCUGGGCUUGGACCUGGGGAAGGUGACCACGAAGAAGUUCAGCAACCAGGAGACGUGCGUGGAGAUCGGCGAGAGCGUGCGCGGCGAGGACGUGUACAUCGUGCAGAGCGGCUGCGGUGAGAUCAACGACAACCUGAUGGAGCUGCUGAUCAUGAUCAACGCCUGCAAGAUCGCCUCGUCGUCCCGGGUCACCGCCGUCAUCCCCUGCUUCCCGUACGCCCGGCAGGACAAGAAGGACAAGAGCCGGGCCCCCAUCUCGGCCAAGCUGGUGGCCAACAUGCUGUCGGUGGCCGGCGCCGACCACAUCAUCACCAUGGACCUGCACGCCUCGCAGAUCCAGGGGUUCUUCGACAUCGCCGUGGACAACCUGUACGCAGAACCCGCCGUGCUGCAGUGGAUCAAGGAGAACAUCCCCGAGUGGAAGAACUGCAUCAUCGUGUCUCCAGACGCCGGCGGAGCCAAGCGCGUGACCUCCAUCGCAGACCGCCUGAACGUGGACUUCGCUCUCAUCCACAAAGAGAGGAAGAAGGCCAACGAGGUGGACCGCAUGGUGCUGGUCGGGGACGUCAAGGACCGCGUGGCCAUCCUGGUGGACGACAUGGCCGACACCUGCGGCACCAUCUGCUUCGCCGCAGACAAGUUGAUUGAGGCCGGCGCCCUGAAGGUCUACGCCAUCCUCACACACGGCAUCUUCUCGGGUCCCGCCAUCUCCCGCAUCAACAACGCCCCCUUUGAGGCCGUGGUGGUGACCAACACCAUCCCACAGGAGGAGAAGAUGAAGGCGUGCCCCAAAAUACAGGUCAUCGACAUCUCCAUGAUCCUGGCGGAGGCGAUCAGGAGAACCCACAACGGCGAGUCCGUGUCGUAUCUUUUCAGCCACGUGCCGCUGUGAGGGGGAGACGCCGCCCCCCCCAAACCUACCUCCCUCCCUGCCUUCAUAGUUUUCCCAUCAGGCACCUGGACUGACCCCUUCACCCCCACACCUCCUUUAACAAGCCUCCAAAAAGGACCUGAUGGGCUUCAGCCAAGUACCUGUGACCUUCUGAAGGGUCACGCCCACGCGGUGCAGUGACAUUUUUCCGCCAGCAGAUGGAGCCAAACACCAUUUCAAUUUUUUUUCUCCUUGAAGUUUUAUUUAUGAGUUUUUUCUGACUUUUACCAAAGGGUCCAUUUUUAUCGUGUCUUGUUUUUCCUUCUUUUAACCCGCUCUGGCAUGUCUUAAGAACCUUCCAGACUCUUUCCUGUUUCUAAAUGAAGACUGAACAUCAGCGUCUAACUCACUAACAGUCUGAUGCCACAAACCCAGAACAUUUCAGCCUCUGUCAUUUUCUCAGAGGAUUUUUUUCUCCUAUUUUACCUUCUGACUCCUUACUAACAGAUUUAGAUAAUCCUGAAAAAGCCAAAAAGCUUUUGUUAGAGAUUCCAGCGUUGAUUUGUUAAAAAGAAGAAAAUCGUCACCGAUUGCCUGAAAAUGGAUGGAAAAGAUUUUUUUUUUACAGGUAAUUGAAGACGAGCUGCUUCUUUAAUAAUAAAGGUCUGAACAUCA